UGCAACUUUGAAACUACCUAAUAGGAACUAAAUAGAUCGUCGAGAAGGAAAAUCAUUCCCAAUUUAAAAUAGACGUAGGCACGUAUCAUUUCAUAUACUGAGUAUUUAAAGUAACCAUGUGGGUCUAUUUGUAUAACACGUUUCAGUGUAGUCAUUUGAAUGAACCUGUUGGAAGUAACCUGGUAACAAGAAAAUGGCUGGUUCACGGUCAGCUAUCCAUCACACCGAAUACGCGUACAAACAACAACAAGACAACCAAUACUUUUAGGAGUCGUGUUGGGGGAACGGCAGAAAUACGUUUGAAAAAACAAAGACGCUUAACGAUUACCUUCUUCGUCUUCUUUUCGGAUUUGGAAUCGGAAUGGUGCUAGCGGCACACGAGGCAUCUGAAGUCCGAGAGGAGCGUCUCUUUGGUUCCUCGUCCGGUUCUUCCGUAAUCGUUGUUUAUAAGAAAGAGCAUGACAAGGACGCACGCAGUGGCGAUCGAGAUCGCGGCGGCGGCCAUAGGUCUUUUCGAGGAGAUCAACAAGGCCCAGUAGAUUAUCGAGAAGAUGAGUAUUACCCUCAACGUAACAGUGGACGAGGCGGGGGACGCGAAGCUGAUCAGGAGGUUCGCAAAGAGCACGGCAUUAAAGUAUACCCUCCUCAUAAUCUUGACGACCAACUUGUCCAACAUGGUCGAGAAAGGGACUUGGUCCGUGAUCGUUUCGGCGGGGACGACCCACACGACGCCCGACCUCCUCUUCGCGACCUCAGAGGAGAUCGUGCCGACGUCAGCCGUAACGGCGGAUCAGUUGUGCGGGCCGCGGGCGACUCAAGAAGCCACCGAGACGAACGAAGGGAUGGCCGCGACCGACGUCACAGACAUGGCAAUUUGGAUUUUGACGAUUUACCCCUGGCCGAGGUAGGUACUUAUCGUUUUGUGAAUUCGCAAUUACCUCAACAAACACCACGGAAUCCUUCACCAACAGACUUCCUUGAGCCUCGUCCGCCGUGUGCUCGCGAACUUGACGUCUGCAGCUACAGUCACGAUUAUCCCACUGAAAAAGUUCAAACAAUUGUAGAUCGUUACUACAAUCAAAUGUACGACCUCUACCAUGCAAUGUACAAGAUCCCUCCUCACGAGGUUCAGUGGGUUGAAAAUUACACCCAUUCGUUCAACGAGGAAAAGCAACAUGGAGAAUUCGUCUGCCAAAGCGAAACAUCCCACAUGCGUAUUGGCUGGGCGAAAAACUACAAGGGCCGCUGGAUGGCAGUCGUCAACACGGAGCGUUUCCCGCAAACAACUCGGGUCGAGAAGUGCUCACAUCGGGAGAAACCGUGUGGCUAUCUGCCUCCUUGCUUCAAAACAUCCUGCAAACAGCGUGAAAUGCUUUUUCCCCUUAUUGCUGUUAAUCCUUUAAAUCCCAGUCAGAAACCUCAGGUAGACCUUUUUCCAGUGCCUUCCGGGUGUGUGUGUUACGUAUCCAACAUCGCCAGAGACCUACAUUGGUCAGAUGAGGGUAGGACUUCUUCAAGUAGCAGAAGUAAGCUACCGGCAUUUUUACGUUCGGAGUAAUCAGACUCGUUUACUACUGGUAAAUUACCAUAGGUUCUAUCUAAGCUUCAUUGGCAGAUAGAUCAAAUGAGCAUCGUUAAACGGACAAUUAUGCUUCCUAAAUACGCAAUCACGCAAAAGACAUUGGACCGGAAUUAGGUGCUCUUUGGAAAAUGAUGAAACAACCCUAUAGCAAAUUCCAGUACUCGGUUAUUUUAUUUGCUUUUAUAUCACGCAAUUGUUUUCAGGCUAGCACAAUGCCCGUCACAGACUUUCAUAGAACCACAGCUUACAGACUAAUAUAAUAAAGUUCGACAGAAGUUAAAUUGAAAAACGAUGAUUCAUUAUAUAUAUACACAUACACACACAUAUAUAUAUAUAUAUUAAACGGAUAUAAAACCUUGGUCGAAUAUGUUGUAUGCGACCCACUAAAAUUAGCUGUUCGCUCGUAUGCUAAACAAACAUCAGAUCUGUUGUUAUUAUUAUAGCAUACAAACAUAUCUGUACAUUUUGAAGUUAACAUACUUUGAUGGAUACUUCAGUAGGCGUAUACGCCGAUUGCGGGUUGCGAAAUACAAGCAAUCAACAGUCAAUCGUUUACGUAAGUAUAAAUAAGUCAUAUAUAAUUUAUCUGUCCGAUUAUGUGAGAAUUUUUUUGGACUCACGUACGACCAUUGAACGUUUGCCGUUCCAUUUUUGUGCGCUGGGAUGGAACCAGCCAACCGCAUGAUCAUUGCUAGGCCAACGCAAUUAAGCGUUGAUACUCGUGCUAUCUAUACGCCACACAAAGAUCAACGCUCAUUAGAUUCGCCCGUAGAAUCUAUUAAAACGCGUAUAUAGAUAUCACUAUUAUUUCGAUAUGUCUUACAACGCUGUCCUCUAUGGAAGUGUACGGGGCAGAGUUGUCCUAGGAGGUUAGGAUUAUUUAGGACGAAUAUUGACACGCUAGAAAACAAUGUAUGAUACAUACAUAUAUCGUCCGUUGGGGCAUGGUGCUAGUUAAUCACCCUGUCACGUUUAUGAAUAUUUGAUUGUCAACUUAUCUAGUAGUUUAGUUCUUUGAAACGAAUGUUUUCCACCCUUGAAUUAUUAUUUUUUUUUUCUUUAUUUUAUAAUUUAUAUUUCGAAUUGGUUCUACGAUUAUUUUUAACAACGCUAAUCAUGCUUACAACUAAUUUAGCCUUUUUUUCAAAUAGGGGGAAGUUCGUCAAAUACUAGGCAUGUCUGAACGAACGGACCCGUUUGUAUAAGCAAUCUUACAGCUCGCAUCGAUUGCUAACUGUAUGACGGCAUCGUUUUGUGAUCUGCUGAAAUCAGAUUUUGCCUUAUUUCCCUCCCGAUUCCUCCAUUGUUAUUAUCUAGUUACAUAGACACAGGUGGCGUUUCAUAAAUAUUUUUAUAAAAUCAGGCUGUGUCGCGACGCUCUGUACGUAUUAGAAGAUUUCAGUUUUGAAAGAGCUUUCACCAUCCACAUGGGAAAGCU